AUGAAAAGGAGGGUGUUGAUCGAUAUGGAGGAGGAGGAAGACUAUCGGGGUGGGGAAUUUGGCUUGAUUAAUAAUCCAAAUAAUGAUGCAUCAAUGAAAAGUGAACAAGGAAACAACAUCAAGGGCAACAUUCUACAAUUACGUAGCACCCAAGGAGAAAUGCUCGAAAAAGCUCUAUCUAUGGCUAUUGGCUACAACAAGAAAAGCAAACAACAAGAAAAGGACUUACAGAUAAGAGGUGUAGGCCAGUUUCAUCCAGUCCAGGCACAGCUGAUGAAAGCGGCUUUGGGGUCCAUUGUGGAUGCUAAUAAUAACCUGAAAAUGUGGAGAAGCUGCUGCAGCUCAGAGUCUCCAGGAAAGAGAGCUUGGUUUGUCACCAGUUCAGCUGAGAAGUAA